AAUUCAUUUUGCUCGCUUCUAACCUAUAUAAGACUUGCGUUUAUGCAUCAGAGACAUCUAACGGGACCAUCACUCAUCAGCAUGAACGGAAUCUGUGUAGUCCUGUGCGCAUUCCUUGCGGUUGCUACGCCGCAUUAUGUGCCAGCUGUUCCCACUGGUGGAGUUCUGAUCCCUCAGACCGCUCCAUAUUUUGGCUCCAGUGGUGCACAGGCACAGGCUCAGGCUCAGGCUCAGGCUCAGGCUCAGGCACAGGCUCAGGCUCAGGCUCAGGCUCAGGCUCAAGCACAAGCUCAAGCACAAGCCCAGGCUCAAUCUCAGUCUAGUGCCGGUUCUUAUUUCGUGGCAGGACCAACAUUUCCCUUUGCUGGAUCUCUGACCCCUGCUGGCCCUCCUUUGUUUGGAAGCAUUGGUGUUCAGCAGGCUCAGGCACAAGCGCAGGCACAAGCUCAGGCACAAGCUCAGGCACAAGCACAAGCUCAGGCACAAGCACAGGCACAAGCACAAGCUCAAGCUCAGGCUCAAGCAGCUCAGGCACAAGCUCAAGCUCAGGCUCAAGCUCAGGCUCAGGCUCAAGCAGCUCAGGCACAAGCUCAGGCUCAGGCUCAGGCACAAGCUCAGGCCGCACAAGCACAAGCUCAGGCACAAGCUCAGGCACAAGCUCAGGCACAAGCUCAGGCUCAGGCACAAGCUCAGGCUUUUUCUAUGAGUAGCCCAGCCGUGUACCGACCGCCAUUCCUAAUGAGGAGGCGAUUCUAUCCUGCCAAUCCAAAGGGAUUCUUUUGAUCUUCAAAAAUAACAUUUGGGCCACGCAAAGCCGUUCAUGAAGAUGGAGGACUGAAACAACGAGAUGGAUUUUCCCGGGGUUGCAAAUGGAGCAUUAUAUUAUUUAGAAUAAAUAGUAUAUGUUGUGAA